GCGUCUCCAUUUGUUGCGUUUCGUCUUUUGUCCUCUCUCUCUCUCUCUCUCUCUCUCUCUCUUCCCGUCUCUUAUCUGAAAAAUCGGAAAUGGCCGGUCGAUACUGUUGCGGCAGCGGCAGCGGCAGCGGCAUCGGCGACGGUGGAGCAAAGGCAGCGAUGAUUCCGGUGGAAGAGGCUUUACAGAUAGUGCUCGGCGUCGCAGAGCGGCUGGCGCCGGCCGGGCGACCCCCGGAGGAUAUUCGAGCUCCGGAUCCUCUUCCUCCAUAUCCUGCUUCCGUCAAGGAUGGGUAUGCAGUUGUGGCUUCAGAUGGCCCAGGAGAAUAUCCAGUGAUUACAGAAUCUAGAGCCGGGAAUGAUGGACUGGGAGUGACUGUUACUCCUGGAACUGUGGCUUAUGUGACAACUGGAGGGCCAAUACCUGAUGGUGCGGAUGCAGUUGUCCAAGUUGAAGACACUGAAGAAAUUAAAGAGGGCUCAACUGAAUCAAGAAGAGUAAGAAUUCUGAUUCAAACCACGAAAGGAACCGACAUUCGUCAAGUGGGUUGUGACAUCGAGAAGGAUACAACUAUAUUAAAAUCUGGAGAGAGGAUCGGUGCCUCAGAAAUUGGCUUAUUAGCGACUGCAGGAGUGAUAUCAGUGAAGAUAUAUCCUGUGCCAACAGUUGCUGUUCUCUCUACCGGGGAUGAACUUGUUGAGCCAACUGUUGGGACUUUAGGUCGUGGGCAGAUUAGGGACUCAAAUCGGGCAAUGUUACUGGGAGCAGCAAUGCAACAGUACUGCAAAGUAGUUGACCUUGGUAUUGUUAGAGAUGACAAAGAAGAACUUAAGAGAGUUUUCGACAGUGCUUUCUCCUCUGGAAUCAAUAUUGUUCUAACUUCUGGUGGUGUUUCGAUGGGAGACAAGGAUUUUGUCAAGCCAUUACUUGAGGAGAAAGGAAAAGUAUAUUUCACUAAGGUAUUGAUGAAACCUGGGAAACCUCUGACAUUUGCAGAGAUCAGUAUAAAACCAACUGAGAGUAUGUUGGAGAAUAAAAUCCUUGCAUUUGGAUUACCAGGAAAUCCUGUAAGCUGUUUAGUUUGUUUCCAUCUUUUUGUGGUUCCCACAAUUCGCCAGCUUGCGGGAUGGACAAGCCCUCAUUUGCUGAGGGUACGAGCUCGACUUCAGGAGCCCAUAAAGGCAGAUCCCGUCAGACCAGAGUUUCAUCGUGCUGUCAUCAAAUGGAAAGACAAUGAUGGAUCAGGAAUUCCUGGAUUUGUUGCUGUGAGCACUGGUCAUCAGAUGAGCAGCCGGCUUUUAAGUAUGAGAUCGGCUAAUGCUUUGUUGGAGUUGCCUGCUACUGGUGAUGUGAUUUCUGCCGGAACUUCUGUAUCGGCUAUCAUUAUGUCCGACAUUAGUGGCUUCUGUAUAGACAAGAUUGUCACAAUAUCCGAACCAGAAUCCGCUUCAAAAGAAAGGAAAGUACCUGCAGAUAACUCUGGAGGGCCUGAGUAUAGAGCGGCUAUCCUUACAGUCAGUGAUACUGUUUCCUCUGGGGCUGGACCUGAUCGAAGUGGGCCCAGGGGUGUUUCAGUGGUAAACUCCUCGUCGGAAAAGCUAGGAGGAGCUCAGGUAGUAGCAACAGCUGUAGUUCCUGAUGAAGUGGAAAGAAUCAAGGAUAUUCUCAAGAGAUGGAGCGAUGUGGACAGAGUUGAUCUCAUUCUUACACUGGGUGGGACUGGAUUCACCCCAAGGGAUGUAACACCCGAAGCAACAAAAGAGGUGAUCGAGAAAGAAACACCCGGUCUCCUCUUCGUCAUGAUGCAAGAGAGCUUAAAGGUAACACAAUUUGCGAUGCUUUCACGCGCUGCGGCGGGAAUAAGAGGCUCAACUCUGAUAAUCAACAUGCCGGGGAACCCGAACGCGGUGGCGGAGUGUAUGGAGGCUAUAUUGCCAGCUCUGAAGCAUGCGUUGAAGCAGAUAAAAGGCGACAAACGAGAGAAGCAUCCAAGGCACGUGCCUCACGCGGAAACUGCCACUACCGACACAUGGGACCGCAGCUUCAGGUCGGCCUAUGGCGGCGGGGAGCCAGAGACGAAGGAGCGUGGAUGUGGUUGUACUCACUGAGAAUACAACCCUCUUCCUCCUUACAGAAAUUUGAUGUAAAUGUUUUGUGAGGGAUGUUUUGAAUGCACAGCAAAGACGUUUGGAUGACUUCAGUGACAUAUUCAUACCAACAAAAUAAUAUAAUAAGUUGGGUAUAA